GUAAAAAGGUUUCUAGCUAUUUAUAGAAAAAAUAAAUUACAACUAUUUUAAUUAUUAAUAUUUAAUUAUUGUUAAUUACAAUAUUAUUAUUAAAAAUAUUCAGGAUAGAAGAUUUUUCCAGAUAAAUUGCAAAAAUAUUAGUUUUUAUAAUUAUUAAACUGCGGAUUUCUAUGUAUUUAUAGGAAAUUAAAAAAUGUAAUUAAAAAAUGUAUAAAAUAGGUACUCCUAAUAUACAAAAAUAUAAAAAAAUCUUCAAAGUGAACUACAUUCUAUAAUAUUUAAUAGGUGGAAUAAGUCUUUGCAUGGGUACUAUUUCUUUAGUCACGUUAAUAAAUUUAUGAAACUACAUAAAAUUUCGCAGUUUAAUAAUUACUAUAAUACGCUUGAUUUUUGGAACGACUUAAAAAAAGUCGUAAUAGUUCUCAGCUCGAAUUAUGAUCAGACAAUUUCCUUAGAAAUUUCAUCCUGCGACAAAUUCAUCAAGAUUUAUUAAUGUCUUCAAUGUUCUCUAAGCGAGCAAUUCCGCUUUCUUCAGCAAUGAUUGCCACAUAAUGAUUGAUUAGUGUAACAAGUCGCCAAAGUAGGAGCAAUAAACCUUAUCAUUAUUAUCCUUUGCCAGGAAUAAACCGCAAUAUACUUAAUGAAUGCACCGAGCGUAUAUUGAAGUGUAUAUAGUUACUUAUAGGUAUAUACCGGUGUUUUAUGUAAGUUAAAUUGCAGUGAAUUUUGCCGUUUUGAUAAAUCGAAAUGUCUCAAUAAUUUUUAUAUCUAAACCUUCGAGUACUCGAUGAAGUAUAAAAAAAUAAUUGAAUGUGAAAAGAUAUCAGAGUGAUUAAUGUCGCCAUUCUAAUUUAAAAUUUCCCGGUGCAUUGUAUGCGCCUGCUGGGACUUAAGAGAGUUUUCAAAUUUUUCGUGAGAGACGAUUUUGAUCUAGAAAUAUACAUCGUGAAAUGUAUAACUGACCUACAUUUCCGACUGAUCGGAGGUAUCUUGAAGAACUUUAGUUAAAAAAAAUCUUGUGGCGCGUAAUCGAGAUAUUUGAAUAAGUAACAUGAAUGAAAGCGAAAUUUAAUUGCGAAAAAAGGAAUAGAAUAUUUAAGAAGCGGAGGAGGUAGCAGGAACGAGAGUUAAAAAGUGAAAGGAUAUCGAAUAUUCUUUGAUCAUUAUCAAUCAGAUAGGGAACUUUAUCCAUGGAACAGAAAUCCGUGGGGAAAUUGGUGUAUGGACGGUAGCAUUUAAGUGAUCGAUGUAUCGACCAGAAAUCUACAGACUUCCGUUUGCUUGAUGCAUUUUAAAUGAUAUCUGGAUUCAAAUAAUCCUUAACGUCGUUCCAAUAGCGAACACUUUAUAAAAUUAAAUUCGCUUUCAUUCAUGAAAACGAUAUCAACAAUAUAUAUGUGUAUCAUCGUUGCCAUCAUGGAAACAGUAACUUCUUAAUACAUGUAUGUACAUACACACAGUGAUAAGUACUACUGCGUACUUUUUUCAAUUGACUGUUUAAAAAAUUAGUCUAUUUUUUAAUUUAUAAAUUAAAUUAAAAUUGAUAUAACUGUGAUGCAAAAAAGACAAUUAAUUAAGUUACUUUUGCUGUUUUAAUCCCGGUCGCAGAGGAUUGCGAAAGCAGCUACGUCAGAACGUAUCGAUUGUAAGGCGCGGUGGUUCACGCAUGCGCGCAGCGUCAUUCGCGAUUCCUACUUUUCUAACAUAAACAGUCCUUUCUCGUUCAAACGGCCUUUGAUAGCAGCGGUAUUUUGUCUAUUCGAAUUCGCAACGCGUCUUUCCCCUUGAUUCCACUGCGUCCAUUACAAACCGAUAAGUUAGGUGACGAAACGUUUACGAAAUCCUCGUGCAUUAAUAUCGACGAACGAAUGGAGAUGUGACUUGUUCUUGCUCCGAAAGAACGGUCAGUUACGUCGAAGCAACAGAUUGUUAUGUGAACAAGGAAACCGGUGCGUAUAGGGAUGUAAUUUACCGUGAACCGAGCCGGGGAAAAGGAGACAAGUUCCGGUGACCGAUAUCAGAGAACGUUAGACACUGUUGGGCAAUAAGAUGGUUCACGUGGAUGGAUAUAUUCCUUUUUCGACUGGUGGCCUGCCAAAAAGUCCAAGCUUCCACCAGGGGCUCGCCUUGGCUACUGUUUUAUCUCGAGAAUCGAAUAAACCUUACUUGACCAACUUCACUUCGCAUUAUCAACCGUUACGACCCCUAUUAAUCGAAACUCAACAAGGAAACGAAAGAGAAGAAUUAUUCAUCCAGAAACUACGGCAAUGUUGUGUGCUAUUCGACUUCGAGUCCGAUCCUCUUUCGGAUCUAAAAUGGAAAGAGGUGAAGCGUACUGCCCUCAACGAGAUGGUCGAAUAUGUCACCAAGAACAAAAACGUGAUCACGGAGGCGAUCUACCCUGAAGCGGUGAACAUGUUUGCAGUGAAUCUGUUUCGCACUCUUCCACCAUCGUCGAAUCCGAACGGAGCGGAGUUCGAUCCGGAAGAGGAUGAGCCAACGUUGGAAGCAGCCUGGCCUCACUUGCAACUAGUUUACGAAUUCUUCUUACGAUUGCUCGAGUCUCAGGAUUUCCAGCCCUCCAUCGCUAGACGUUACAUAGACCAGAAGUUCGUGUUGCAACUUUUGGAACUAUUUGACUCGGAGGAUCCACGGGAAAGAGAUUUCCUGAAGACAACGCUUCAUAGGAUUUAUGGGAAGUUUUUGGGACUUAGAGCGUACAUCAGGAAGCAAAUAAAUAAUGUUUUUUAUCGAUUUAUAUAUGAAACCGAACACCAUAAUGGAAUUGCCGAACUCCUUGAAAUUUUGGGAAGUAUAAUCAAUGGGUUCGCACUACCAUUAAAAGAAGAACACAAAAUAUUUCUAUUAAAGGUACUUUUACCUUUACACAAAGCCAAAUCGCUCUCUGUAUAUCAUCCGCAAUUAGCAUACUGCGUGGUUCAGUUCCUGGAGAAGGACCCAUCAUUGACUGAACCUGUUAUUAGAAGCCUGCUGAAAUUUUGGCCGAAAACACAUUCCCCUAAAGAAGUAAUGUUUUUGAAUGAGCUUGAAGAAAUUCUCGAUGUGAUUGAACCUGCGGAAUUUCAAAAAGUCAUGGACCCAUUAUUUAGACAAUUAGCGAAAUGUGUAUCAUCUCCACACUUUCAGGUGGCUGAAAGGGCUCUGUAUUACUGGAACAACGAAUACAUAAUGUCCCUUAUAUCGGAUAACUAUGCAGUCAUCCUACCAAUCAUGUAUCCAGCAUUCUACAGAAAUUCUCGAAAUCAUUGGAACAAAACUAUUCACGGCUUGAUUUAUAAUGCAUUGAAACUAUUCAUGGAGAUGAAUCAGAAAGUAUUCGACGAGUGUACACAACAGUAUUAUCAGGAUCGACAGAGAGAAAGGAAGUUUAUGAAAGACAGGGACGAAGCGUGGAUGCGCGUUGAAGCAUUAGCAAUGAGACAUCCGAAUUACAACGCGACUCUAAAAGGUAUUACGAAUACAACAUCUGGCACGAUAUUGCAACAACAAUUAGACAGCCCUCCACCUGACGAAGACGGUGAUACAGAUCAGACUCCGCUCACAUUGGAAAAGAUAGAAGCGAAAGCGAACGAGGCAAAAAAAAUGACCAACUCCAAUAAAACAAAGCCACUUUUGCGAAGGAAAAGCGACUUACCCCAAGACACGUACACAAUGCGGGCAUUGUCCGAUCACAAACGCGCAGACGAAUAUCUUGUUACGCCACCGGAUCCUAACAAUUGCUAGUCUCUACCGCAAUCUCUUCCCAUAUAUCCUCUCUUUUGCUGCAGUGAUUUUGGGAGUUAGCUUUUUCGAAGAGAGAAACGAAACAGCGAUGAGUCGGAUCUAAUCAAUCGAGCAGUCACAACAUUCGACGACAACCGUCUGCAACAGAAUUUGAUCGUUUAGAGAAGUCAACAUUGUCAUAAUUAUCUCUCUCCUCUUUCCCCACCCUCCCUCUUGUAUCAGAAAGUAUCAAGAUGUGUAUUGUAAUAUCUUUUUCUUUGUAUCUCGGUAAACGAAAAAAAGCUUUCUCUCAUUGCACCCAGCACAUUCGGAAGAUGUAUCCAUGUCCGUAGUAAUCUUUAAAAAGAAAAGGAAGGAAAAAUGCUGAUAACUUCCUAUAUACUCUUCGAGUUGAUUUACGUAAGGUAUCGCGAGAUUUAUGAAAAUACUACAUACUCGCUAUCAAAGAAAUGGAAAAAAAAAACAUGAGAUGUAAAAGAAACCUAGUAAAUAAGGGUCCUAAGUGUAUUAAAUAAUACACAGAGUAUUUUAUAAAUUGUAGAUUUCUUGCGUAUGGAGAAAUCUAUCGCUGACAAUAAGACAGUUUUUUCACACUCAUAUGUACGUCUUUACAUUCUUAAAUUAUCUGUGCUCGAUGUUCAAUAGAUACUUGGCAUACAGGUUAGAUCAUACACGAAGUUAAUGAUCGAACCGAAAGCUCAAACGAUUUACUUACUAAGAUUUAUUCGUAAUUGUUUUAAAACAGGUUGUCUUGCUUUUGGCGGGGGAUUUUCUUCAUAUCAUAGGAAUUUAUGGUUUAUCGAACACCAUAUAUACAGGGUGAGUCACAAUGCGUGGACAAAAUUUUACAAGUUGAUUCUUUUACAAGUUUUAUCUAAAAGAGUGAACAAAUUCUUUUAUUUUUUUAUAUAUUAAAAGCGUGUGAAAUGUAAAUAUCACUAAGUAAAGUGAUGAAACAAUAAUUUCUGAUAAACUAUUUCAGAGUUAAACAUUCUUCUAAAAACACAUCAAAGCUUUAACUACUUCUACAUGAUAUUUUUUAUUCAGAAUCACCUUUCGAAUUAAUUGAUAAAUUUUUGUUCACUUGCGGUGAUAUACAUCUUGUAUAUAUACUCUAAAUAAACAAACAAAUUUUAUACGAAUUCGAAAGGUCAGAAAGAAUGGCCGCGUGCUUGAUGUCGUAAUAAUUAACAAUAAUAAAAAAAAAGAUAAGAAUACAAAUUUUAGAAUGCAAGUUUGAGGCGUUACUCUUUUGAGCGAGGUUUCCACUGAUGCGCAAACGACAGACAUUUAAUGACACACAAGUGAUAUAUAGUUGCUUCAACGCUACCAGCUCGUAAUUUAGCGGCAAAUAAUAAUAAUAAUAAUGAUAAAAAAAGAAAGAAAAACGAAAAAAAUUGCAAAAAGAAAUGAAAACGUCGUUUUAGAGUUAGAUGAACGUGAUAGCACUAUUUUAGAAUAUCGAUUGUUAUAAAUCUGAAUAUUCCUGAACGUACUACUUUUAUAUCUGUCGUGCCUAGAUGCCUGUGGAACGCAUUCGCAAGAAUCGCCUCUGCCAGAGGCCUAUAAUUAAGAAUCGUUAAAACAAAAGAAAAUAAAAAAAAAAUGAAAUAAUAAGCAACGAGUUAUACGCGACGUUACCAAAAUGGUGUGGUGAUUGUAUCACGAGUUUUUUCAAGAACGUUUACACAAAACGUUGCGUCGUUGCUCCGUCAGUUUCGCGGUUAACAAAAUAAAGAGAGAAGUAAAACGUUAUAUAGUAGUUUGUCGCUGGCAAGAGAAGCAAAGGAAACGAAAAAGAAAUGCGAAGAAUAGAAGCAAAUUUAGGAGUCGAGGAAAAAAUAACGAGGAUGGCCAUUGAGCAGUGGUCCAGCUACGUCCUCAGCAUCUUUACUAAAGGCUUUUUGGCUAAUUCCUCGUGUUACUCUUGUUUAUUGGAUAUAGAGAUUCCGAUACCGUGAAAAUAGUGAAGUUUAAAAAGAAAAAAAGAAUUACGAUCUAAGCGAAAUAUCUUUAGUCUUUGCGCUGCUGGCAGGCUGUUAUGUUUAAACAUUGUAAGGAAUGAACUUGUUGAGAAUAGAAAUACGGUUAGCACUUAUUAUUAAAUAACGAAAAUUAAAACCAAAUGAGAUAAAUAUAAAAAAAGAAAAAUUAUUUACUAUUUAAUCGCCCCUUCAGGAGGAGAAUGGCUGUUUUUGUUACGGAAAACCAUUAAACGAUAAGUAUUCUUGUCGAUACUUUUUAUUAUCAAGUUGCAGUGUAAUCUCGAUAAAUCUCAUUGAAAACACACUGUAUCUUGUGCAACAAGUAUUUAAUAAUAAAAGUAUUUUUAGUAAAACUAUUUUAUUUGAAUAGGUUUGCAUUUUCAAUGAUACUCCUUUCAAUGAACAAUAAGUAACUAAAUUGCAUUCGAUCCAUGUAAUAUUCGAUGAUAUCGUUUCUGUUCAUUUCUAUUUUAUUUUCUCUCUUUGUUAGCUUCCGACAGCGAAAUCGCUAAUGUGGAUUAUCGGGAUUACAUUGUAUUUCUCAAUCGUUGAAAUCAAUCGCGAUGAAGAAUAAAUACAUAAUACUGUUCGAUAGAAGCGUCCCUCCGGUAAUGCAUGUUUCGAGGUUUCGUCUCUUACUGCGUCUAUUCUUUCACUUGUAUCAUCAUCAUGAUACGUCUUUGAAGUUUACGAAUUUUAUAGUAGAAUCAGAAGACCAUUCGAAUUUCUCGUGCUUAAAUAUUCAAGAAGACUGUUACUGGCUCAUCGUUGAUCGAGUAUUAUCGAAUUUUCCUGACUUCCGUUCCCGCAAAUUGUGCCAGGUUUAAAUAAUAUAAAACAGAAACGAGAGAGAGAGAGAGAGAGAGAGAACAUAAAGAAGAAAAAAAGAGAAUGAGAGAGAGAGAGAGAGAGAGAAAAUGAAAUUUGAUUUCAUUCGAUGUAGAUCGUUCUCUUGUAACUCCUGUAUGGGUUACCUCGAGUGAGUUUAAAGGUUCAUUUUCAGCAAUGUUUUAUACGUUUUUUAUGAUAUGAAAGUCAGCCAAUAAUCGUGUAUUUUGUAGAUAGAAAGAAAAACAACCUAUUAUGCGAAAGAAUGAUUUUAAAUGUUUUAUGUAAGGAGGAGCAAGGAUUUUCUGAAUUUAGAAAAUGAGCAAUCACGCUAUCGUAGGCAGCUUUCGAAUUUUGUAGAAACGUCUCUGUUCUUCCUUACGUAAAGUUCUACGAAGAGAUAUUCGGGAGAACUAUUAUUCGAUGGAGAAUGAAAACGAAAAAAAAAAAAAAAAAAGAAA